AUGAGAGCCCGGAUCUGUCUGAACCGUUUCACUCCGAAGCACGGCGCCAUCGCUCUGGUCUUGGCUGUGUUUGCUGUGAGCUUCAUGCUCUACAAUGUGAACGUCUUCUAUGAGAAAAGUUCUACAUCAACAGAGCCAGAGAAAAAAAUCCCCAUCGCUGUGGCCUCGGCAUAUUCCACCGUGACUCCGAUACGUCUCAUGAAGCCUCCGAAGUCCACCAGCGUCUGCUCCUUCCAUUCAGUAUUACCUCAAGACAAUCUUGAGUUAAACCUGUUGAGGAGCUCCAUCGCAUGGCCUGAAGCACCACCUUUACCGUCCAACUUCUUUCUGAAUGACACCAGUGAUCCCGCUCACAGCACCUUCACCAUUCUCCCACGUAAAGACGGUGGAAGUUGGCAUAUUGGCGACCAGCUGGAGGUUUUGAUAAAAAUGAACGACUUCCUUGGCCGCCCCAAGAAAUCUGGCGGAGACGUCCUGUUUGCUCGGCUGCGCAACCCAAAUGUUCGUGCAGGCGUGGCGGGGCGAGUGUCGGAUCAUGGCAAUGGUUCCUACACCGCUGUGUUCCCUUUGCUCUGGGAAGGAAGAGCUCAAGUUGAGGUGACUCUCGUCCACCCCAGUGAGGCGGUCACGGUCCUGCGAAAACUGAACCUGGAGCAGCCAGACAGAAUAUACUUUCAAAGCAUCUUUCGCUCAGGCCGGGUUUCCGAGACUACCACAUGUAAUGUGUGUCUCAAAGCGCCCAAGGAAAAGUUGUGCAACUUCACAGACCCCUACACAGGCGAGCCCUGGUUCUGCUACAAGCCAAAGAAACUCAAUUGUGACUCUCGGCUCACCCACGCCAAAGGAGAGGAAACCAAUCAGAGUAUAAAGACCAAGCCUGCUGGUUAUUACUACCAGGGUGUAUGGCGAGCACUGGACGGGACCAGGGUCCUCCAGUUCAACACGUCCACAGCAGUCAGUCAGUGUCUGAAAGGCAAGGUGCUCCACCUGUAUGGAGACUCCACCAUCAGGCAGUGGUUUGAAUAUCUAACAGAAUCAUUACCAGGUCUCAAGAAGUUUGACCUGAAAACUCCAAAGCAAAAUGGACCAUUCCUGGCGUUAGACCCUGAAAACAACAUCUUAGUGACGUUCCGCUGCCACGGUCCUCCCAUCCGUUUUGGCACCAUGCCUGCCAAUCAAGCGCGUUACAUCGCCAGUGAACUGGACAGUGUGAUUGGAGGCAAAGACACUGUUGUAGUUAUUGGAGUUUGGUCUCACUUCAGCACCUUCCCUAUUGAGGUCUACAUCCGACGUCUGCUGAGCAUACGGAGGGCAGUGGUGCGGCUGUUGACCAAAGCGCCGGGUACGGUGGUCAUCAUCAGGACCGCAAACCCCAAAGCGUUGACAGUUUACGAGACUCUGACAAACAGUGACUGGUAUUCCUUACAGCGAGAUAAAGUCCUCAGGGAAAUAUUUAAAGGGGUCAAUGUCCAACUGGUGGAUGCCUGGGAGAUGACUAUUGCGCACCACCUGCCACACAGCCUCCACCCACAACUUCCUAUUAUAAAGAAUAUGAUAGAUGUUAUCUUGUCCCACACAUGCCCUGCUGCUGGUAACUCUGAAGGGGAAACAAAGCUUUAGAAAUGGUUUGGGGUGGGUGUUCUGGUGCAAUCUCUACCAAAAAUUUAACUGUUAGCUGUUGGUUUGUCGUGAGAAAUGAUUUGUCUAAAAUUCUAUGUUCGGCUAACACGGCAUUUCAGAAAAAGAAAUCUUACUUUCAGUAAAACACGGUGGUGGUAGUGUGAUGAUCUGGUGCUGCUUCAGGGCCUGGUGAACUUGUUAACUCAUGGAACCAU